AUGGAAGCGAUGGACAUCCAGGCUGUGGAGUCGAAAUUGAGCGAUGUCACCGUGACGGCGAUUCCGAUGAACGGGAAGAGUGUGCACAAAGAUUCCGUGUAUGGAGCAAGCAGUCACGCCACUAUAUCGACCGUGCCGGCAGCGGCGUCGCCGUCUUCUACUGGUAAAGACAAGGACGGGGUAUCGAAGUAUGCACAGCUGCUUGCGGUGAUCGAGGAGAUGGGUAAGGAGGUGCGGCCUAGUUAUUCUGGGAGCCGUAGCUCGGCUGAGCGCCUGAAGCGCGGCAUUGUCCACGCCCGCAUUCUGGUGCGGGAAUGCUUGAUCGAGACUGAGCGCUCGGCGCGACAGUGA